AUGGCUGGUAUGUUCCAAGGUGCCAAAGCCUUUAACCAGCCCAUCGGUGGAUGGGACACAUCCAAGGUCAAGAGCAUGGCAUACAUGUUCCAGGAAGCAGAAUCUUUCAACCAACCCAUCGGCAGUUGGGACACUUCCUCCGUGAUAAACAUGAAGAAGAUGUUCAUGAAAGCCAAGAGAUUCAACCAGCCAAUUGGGAACUGGGACACAUCAUCCGUCACCAGCACGGAUAGAAUGUUCGCCGACGCAGAGAGCUUUCAGCAGGACAUCAGUGCAUGGGACGUCUCGUCAGUCACAUUAAUGACUGCCAGCGGCUAUCAAAAAGAGAGCGCCUCCCGGCCAAUUACUUCUUGUAGUUUGCCACGGCAGUCGCGGGCCUUAGCAGGUGCGAAGCUCUCUCAGUUUCAAUGCAGCAUGGCAUGCGUUUGUCGUGCUGACGCUGCGUCUAUGGAUGUGACCAAACCAGAGUUGCGAUGCCUCCUUGCGGGAGGACACAGCCGUGACCUUGGGAAACCAGUUGCGGGCAGGGAAGUCAGAUACAGCAAGCCCCAGAGUGGAGCGAAAGCUUCAAAUCAUGGUGCCAAUCGCUGGGGAAAACAGACCAACCCCAACCGAGGCUGCAGCCAUCAAGAUAUCACUGGUUUUGUGCCCAGCGAAUGGAAUGCCCAACCAAAGUUCCUAUCCGUGCAUGAGAUCAUUUCUCAGAUAAAAGCAGGAAUAGCCUUGCAAGCCAACAUCACCGAAGUUUACACCAAAGAACAGUGUGCGAACCUGCGCACCCUUUGGCAUAGCUAUGGGUGCAAGGGCUCUUUGACCAUGCUGCUCACCAAGGAUGCCAAAGACACCCUGGGGGCCACGGUCCAUCAACAAGACUUGCUCACAGGCUGGCUGAUUUUGCCAACAGAACAGGCUAAGGGCCAAGCGGCCAACUACCUCCUCCGAGGGGCUCCAAAGAUGUGGCAGACUGAAGAGAUCGAAGAUUUUCUCAAUCAACAGAAAUGGAAAGCCGUGCAACGCAUUUCCAAAGUGAGAUAUCGAAACGAAUGGCGUUUUCAUGCCCAGCCACCUUCAGCUAUGCAGGAAAAUUACCAUUACGAUUUGGCAGAAGGCUACAUGUCAUGCAUCCCAGCUCCUGUCAGACAACACCAGCCAACCUGGCAACAACCUGUCAGAAACACAUGGCGAGGAAAUGAGCUGGGGAAAAUUGGAAAUGAAGCCAACAAUCCUGGCGAUACCGGUGACGUCAUGGCAACUGCUCUGGAUCAGGACUCCAGUCAAGCUUCACAAAAAGAGGCUGGUAGGGAAAGAAGUCGGAGCCCAGUUCGCUCCAAGCAGCGGCAGGCUGUUGCAGAUGACCCAGAUUUGAUCCCAACAGACAUCGCGGAAUGUUUCAAAAAUGGCUGGGAAAGUCAAGAUGUUGGUGGCAAUGGAGAUUGUUUUUAUCGAAGUAUUGCUGCUUGUCAACACUGGCAAAAGCAUCAUAAGUUGAUCACUGCUGAAACUGCUGCCCUCUGCGGGGCAGAGCUUCGUGCGUCAGCUGUUUUGCACGCCCAGAAGCAUAGUAGCAGGCUCUCUAGCUGGUUUGCGCCAGAUUCCAAAGAAACCCCCGCUGAAAGGGGGUGCAAUCCGCAGGCAACGAACAUCAGUGAAUGGUGUGAACUGCAGAUGAAACAGGAAGUCUGGGCAGAUGGCCUUAGCAUCCAGUGCCUGGCUGAGACCUUGGGACUUGUCAUUGUGAUUUUCAAACAAUCAGAGGAUAGAUGGGACAGAUUCACAUUCGCACCUGGCUUUAAGCAGGAUGUUGCAAUGAGCAGACGCAAUGGACUCAUGAUGUCCAUUCGCAGUCUUGCAUGUCGCAUGCUCCUGACCGGAGACACAACGCUUCGAAGAGGACGACAUUCUGAGCCACUUGUGCAAGCUAGGGAUACUGCUCGUGCCAAACGAAACACCAGAGAUCGCCUAGGGCCCAAGUUCAAAGCCAUCGCCAGCAUCCAAGCAAAACAGGCUGGCACUGGAUUACAUGUGCACCCUGGGAGCCUGGGUUCCGCCGGAGGGUUUCCUUUUGUUUGCGUCAAAUGCAACAAGAAAGUUUCGUAUCCCACAGAUUCGUGCUGCCCAAACAACAUGCCUAGUAAGAGCCGCGAUGUCUCUAAGCAGGGUCGCAGAGCUGUUUGGAAGGCCAUUUUGGCCAAAGCCAACAAGCAAGCCGCAGCGGCAAAGCUGUGCACGGUCAAAGAGCAGAGAGCACAAAGGGCGGAAGCAAACAGAUUGCAGAGACAAGAUAGAGAGCGAGUCAGCCGCAUCAGCUCCGAGUCAGGGCAGCUGAUCCACGCUGUGCUGCACGGGGGGCAACGGGACAUCAACGUCCUCUGUAUUUACCGGCACCACAGUGAUGCCGAUUUUGCCAUUUUGCAUGAAGCUGCGCUGAUUGUUAGCCGCCUAGGUGUUCUGUUGCUCGACAUGACCGGAGUGUUCACCCAAUUGAUGCAAUUUGGUCUUCGGGAGGGCUUCAAGCCUCCAGUGCCUCCGAAAUUCCAGGUGAUGGAGACCACACCAUCGCACAGAGCUCCUUCCCUCUUGCAUUUCAAAAAUGUAAGGCAACUCCAAGAUGCGCACCGCAACGAUGCACUUCAGAAAUGGCGCGCCCGAAUGCGCGAUCUCCCACAAGCUUGUCAGUGGCUCAGGAAGGAAGAAGAAUUCGCUGCAGAUGUUGACGCUCUCCUUUCGGCUUAUCAGGAUGACUUCCCUGAUCCAUUACCCACACCUAAUCUUCCGCCCAUCACAGGAGAGGACACGCUCAGGGCAGCUCGCCAAAUGCACAGAAAAGCAGCUGGCUUGGAUGGAAUUUGCCCUUCCUGGUUAGCAUUGCUGCCGUGCGAGGCACAUAGGCGGCUUGCAGAGAUGAUGGAUGCCUUUGAGCAACAGGGGGCGUGGCCGGAAGCCACUUGUUACUGGAAGAUCGCAGCCCUGCCAAAGAAAAGGCAUGGCACUUUGCCUUCAUUGGGUGAAGUCAGACCAAUCGCAAUCGGCUCAGCCAUCUAUCGUAUUUGGGGCAGAAUCAGAUUGGGCCAUCUGGCUCCCAUUCUAGCUCAAUAUCUGGAUCGGAACCAGUCGGGGGGCAUCGGCGGAGAGGACGUCUCCUCCCUUCUAUUGACUUUGGACAUCGAUCUUGAUCCCACAAAAUUUCCGUGCCUCAUGGCACUAGAUUUUACCAAGGCAUUUGACUCUUGCGAUUACACUUUGGCUCUGGCCGUCAUGUCCCGGCUUGGCCUUCCUGCCCGUGUGGUCAAUCUUUUGGGAGCACAAUGGCGGCGACAGAAACGUUGGAUGUCUUUUGCAGGGGUGUGUGCGCGGCUCCCUAUCCAAAAUUGUUUGGCAUUACCCCAAGGAGAUCCCUGGUCUCCCAUAGCAAUGUCACUGGUUCUCAUGCUUGCGAAGCGGCACCAAGAGAGGUUGGUUCCGGAGUCCAGAUGCUUGCUGUACCUCGAUGAUCGCACGCUUGUUGCUCCCACUCCCGGCAUCCUGGCCGCAGCUCUUAAUGCUUGGAAUGUGCUCCAUGCCCACACUCGACUCCGCACUAAUUCCAGCAAAACCCAAGUGCUGGGGCGAAAUUGGAAGGGGUAUCUGGCGUUGCAGGCGGCUAAUCUGUCGCCGACUGCCACGGCUGAAGUGCUGGGUGUCACCAUUGGCAUCGCGCCCAGAGCUCAAUCCAAUGCUGAACUGUCCCGUGCCAAAAAAUGCACAACGAUUGCACAGCGUAUUAGUGUUUUGCCGGUAUCCCAAAACUUCCGGGCCGGCCUCGCGGCCCUUACUCUUGCUUCCAAGAGGGUCUGGGGGCUUUUACUUAAUGGAAGAACUCCUACCAAGGGGGAAUGCAAGGCGCACACUGAGGAUUAUCGUCUUGCAGUUAAAGGAAAAUUUUUGGAUGGCAUUGCUUCCAGGCAUUUGGAAAAAGUCUUGUUGCUUGGGCACUCAUCUGACCUCCUUUACCUUUCUUGCCAGCGUCUUUUGAACGCCCUCACUAAGUGGCGUCACCACCAUCCGGGGAAUUGGUCCCACAAGCCUAGUAAUGUGAUUUCGGCUUUGAACGGUGCUCUCUCCAAGCUGGACCUUCAGUGCGACAGCUGGGGCCGCUGGUCCUGGAGUGGGGGGUGGUGGGACUCCGCAUCCCCACCUGAUUUCGCACCUCGCAUGGCACAUUGUUUUCGGCAGUUUUGGCGUGCACGUGAGGUCAAAGGGUGGCUGGCAUCUGACCGCAAUGAUGCCAAGCUGGCCCGGGCAAACAAUUUGGCUAUUUCUGAUAACCUAAUCACUAAGCUUCACCGGGCGGCCACACAUCUGUCCGCGCAUGAGAUUGGAAUCAUGUCUGGUGCUUUGAAAACUGACGCGAAAGCGUCGUCACCACCUAUGUUUUGCCAUGAAUGUAAGAAACAUCAGUGUCCUGACACUUUCCAUGUGCUUUGGCAGUGUAGCCACUGGGACCACCUGAGACGUGUCCCUCCCAGCAGAUGUCCUUUGGUUAACAGAUUAGGCUGGGGUCCUGAAGGGGUCGACCUUGUUCGUGUGAAACAAUGCGCGCAUAUCCGGGAGCAAUUGUGCAAAGUCCAAGCCGGACGCAACUACUCCCGUCCCGAGCCUCUUGACAUGGGCCAGAACAAUUUGGAUCCUCACAUUGCUCGUGGGGAGGGCGUGACUGCCCUUCCUGUGGUGUAG